AUGGAGGCUAUCAUUGGUCUUGCUGUUUUCAGCCACUUUUGGUACUGGAGUCCUUUGAUUUACUUCAUUACAUUGGACUUUUCCGCCACCACUUUAAUAGGACUGGACUACAAUUUAAACGUACUAAAUUUUGUGUUCAUAUCGGAUGCAAAACCUGCACUGUUUGGUUACCCCCAACCAACACUUAUCCCUACCACUACUCGCACUGUUGUACCGACUGCGGUUUUGUCAACUUCUGCAAGAGCUAAUAAGAAACAUGCGGAAAAACCCAAUGCUGACAAGUUAUCCAGCGAAGGAAGCUUUUUUGGCGAGAAGGAUGGAGACUCUAUCUAG